AUGCCCUCCAGUGAGCCCCAUCCCCCCCAGUACCACCUUCAGCACCACGGCAUCCCCCCGUCGCACCUGCAGCAGCACGCGUCGGCGAUCGGGCAGCACCAGCUCUACCAGCAGCUGGUGGCGGCCCAUCACCAUCAGCAGCAGCACCAGCAGCAUCAGCAGCAUCAGCACGGCGGGCCCUACCAGAGCCCUGGGUACGCGCAGAAGCAGGAGAUGAGCCCGGAGGAGGAGGGGGGCCGAGGGGGCGGGUCCCCGCCGGCGGCCGGGGCAGCCCUGCACCAGCCCCACCACCCGCGCACGGCGAGUCCCCCCUCGGGCACGGAGCCGUGCACCCGGGACGCGGUGCCGACCCCCACACCCAUCGCGGACACCACCACCGCGACGAGCGCCGCGACCGUCGCCACCCUGAGCAUGCCGGGGCACCAGCAGCAGCCGCAGCAACAGCCGCCGCCGGCGGCGCAGCAGCAGCAGCGGGCCGUAAGCCCCAGCCCAAGCCCGACCGGGGGGGACGUCGAGAAGUUCGACGGGAAGAUCGUCUACAACCCCGACGGCUCGGCCUACAUCAUCGAGGGUGAGAGCGAGCUGAGCGAGGACGACUCCCUGCCGGACGGGUGCAUCGUGGACGGCCGGGGGGUCUCGGUGCCCCACUCGCUGGUCUUCCCUCAGAUCGCGAGCGCGUACUACGUCUCGAGGCUCUACGCCCACCAGGCGUAUCACCAGCAGCAGCAGCAGCAACAGCAGCAGCAGCGCUCGGCCGUGGCCCAACGGCACAACCCCGACCUGCCGGUGAUGCACAGCUACCGGGUGAUAAGCUACCGCAGCGCCGAGGGCUCCAAGCAGCCGCCCCCGCCGCCCGCGGCGCCUCCGCCGCCUGCCGCCUCGGUGCCCGUCAAGCCUAUCCUCAUGUGCUUCAUCUGCAAGCUGAGCUUCGGCUACGCCAAGAGCUUCGUCGCUCAUGCCCAGGGCGAGCAUCAGCUCACGCUCAUGGAGGACGAGCGGCAGGUGCUGUCGCAUUCGACGGCCUCCGCCAUCAUCCAGGAGGUCGGGAGGGGCAAGCAGCCCCUGGUCAGUUUCCUAGAGCCGGUAGCAAGUUCCACGUGCCCGCAGACCUCGCCGGUGCAGCUGCAGGAGCACCAACCCCAGCAGCAGCCGCAGCAGCCGCAGCAGAGGGGGGUCGAAAGCAGCGAACACGAAGCGCCGACCACCACCGGCACCCCGGUUAGCACCCCCGGAGUGCCGAGUAGUCCUCAGCAGUCCCAGCAGCAGCAACCGCAACAGAGGCCCUCCCCGGGGACGCCCACCACCCCCACGUCGCACUCGAACCACCCUCUGGCCUACAACCAUCAGCAGCAGCACCAGUGGGCCGGGGCGCAGGUCAGCGCAGCCUCCUGGGCCAAGGCCCCGGAUGCAGGAGCUGGACUGCACUACGCGUCGCCCCCGCCACCCUCGACGAAGGGCUCGCCCUCCUCCUAUGCCGCGCUGACCCAGCAACCUCCCAAUUUCCUGACGGGCACCACGAUAGGCGUGUGUCCCGAGCACAUGCAGGGUCGACCCAGCGGGGUUGAGUGCCCCAAGUGCGAACUCAUCCUCGCCAGCAGCAGACUAGCCGGACCCGGUGGACCCCUCGCCGGGAUCCACAGUAGGAACUCCUGCAAGACCCUCAAGUGUCCCAAGUGCAACUGGCACUACAAGUACCAGGAGACGCUGGAGAUCCACAUGAAGGAGAAGCACCCCGAAAGCGAGACCUCGUGCAUCUACUGCAUCGCCGGGCAUCCACACCCCAGGUUAGCGCGCGGAGAGACCUACACCUGCGGCUACAAGCCGUACAGGUGCGAGGUCUGCAACUACUCGACGACGACCAAGGGGAACCUCAGCAUCCACAUGCAGAGCGACAAGCACCUGAACAACAUGCAGGAGUUGCAGCAGGGCGGGGGUGGAGCGGGCGCGGGGGGCGCUGGAGCUGGGGGAGGCAGCAGCAAUCCGUCCUCCUCCCAGGAUGCACCCAUGCCCACUCGCAGUCCCCAUCACCAACAGAACCACAGUCCGCACCUGGCUCCAGGUCAGGCCGGCGGCCAGGGCAAGCCCAAGCCCACCUUCCGCUGCGACGUCUGUAACUACGAGACCAACGUCGCCAGGAACCUAAGGAUACACAUGACCAGCGAGAAGCACACGCACAACAUGCUCGUGCUCCAGCAGAACGUGAAGCACAUGCAGACCCUGUCGGCGCUGCAGUCCCACCACCAGCAGGCGCAGCAGCACCACCACCAACAACAGCAACACCAGCAGCAGCUCGAGCAGUUGUUGCACCUCGGAGGCCUGGACAAGCCCCAGCACGCCGAGGCCGCCCUCGCCGACAUGGCCUACAACCAGGCCCUGCUGAUCCAGAUGAUGACCGGCGGUCAGCUGCCGCCCCAGUUGCCUCCGGAGCUGAUGGGCGGCAUGGCCGGGAUGGGCGCCAUGAGCGGCUUGGGGGCCGAUGUUGGCCUCUCCCCCGACAGCAUGGAGCCUCCACCCGAACCCGCCGACCCCGACCCGUCGAACCUCUACCACUGCUGCGUCUGCAACAACUUCGGCACCGACUCCCUGGAGGCCCUUGGUCACCAUCUCACCGCCGACCGGACGCGCACCCGCGAGGGCGAGAUACUCGCCCUGGUGGCCGGGCACUUCGUCUGCAAGCUCUGCUCCUACAAGACCAACCUUAAGGCCAACUUCCAGCUCCACUGCAAGACCGACAAGCACCUGCAGCGGCUGCAGCACGUCAACCACGUCAAAGAGGGCGGGCCCAGGAACGAGUGGAAGCUCAAGUACCUGGCCUCGCCGACCAGCGCGGCCCAGUUGCGCUGUCAUGCCUGCGACUACUACACCAACAGUGCCCACAAGCUCGCCCUCCACGCUGCCUCCCCCCGGCACGAGGCCGCCGCGCUUCUGCUGAGGCAUCUCCUCGAGGCGGGGGCGAACGCCCCCGCGACCGGCAAGCUCUACCACUGCGCGCUCUGCGGCUUCAGCGCCAGACACCGGCUGCCCCUGCUCCAGCACGUCAGGUCGCUCAGGCACCUGCAGAUGGAGCAGCUUCACCAGCUCCAUCGGCGCACCGGCAUCCAGGGCAACGAGACGCCCCACACCGACAUAGGCGACGUCUUCCAGGUCGUCCCCGACCCCGACGUGCCACCCUCCAGGCAACCCAGCCCCGUCACUCCCACCACCCCCAACGCCGCCUGCGUUAACAACGAGCGGCGCGAGGAGGGCAGCGAUUGCGGCAGCGAGGUCAAGCAGGAACCCGAGACGGACCAGGACCAGGACCAGGAACAGGAGCUGGAGCAGGCAGGGGAGGUGAGCUGCCCCUACUGCACGUAUCAGCCAACUUCCCGAGAGGAACUGCGCCAGCACCUGCAGGUGGCGCACGUGCAGGACGCCUCCGAGGAGAAGCCAGAACUGCCGAAGGAGGAGCCAGCUCCGGAGCUGUUGUGUCCGCUCUGUCAGGACAGCUUUAGGGAACGCUCGGCCUUGGAGAAGCACGUGAUGCAGAUCCACUCGGUGAACGCGGACGGCCUACAGCGACUGCUACUCCUGGUGGACCAGAGCCACUGGCUGAACAACAACCCUCGAGGUGCCUCUACCCCUGCGUCCGCAACCCCAACGUCGCCGACCACGACGACGUCGAACCAGCAGCAGCAGGAAGAGGAGUCCGGGGAGAGGGCCGAAGAACUAGAAGAGCUGAGCAGGUGCACCGUCUGCGGGAGGGUCUGCCGUUCGCUGGAGGAGCUGCAGCAGCAUCACCGAGAGUCGCACCCCGCGACGACGCCUACCCUGGCGGUCAGCGAGAAACACGUCUACAAGUACCGGUGCGGCCAGUGCAGUCUGGCCUUCAAGACCCUGGAGAAGCUGCAGCAGCACUCGCAGUACCACGCCAUCAGGGACGCGACCAAGUGCGCGCUCUGCGGGAGGUCUUUCCGCUCGGUGCAGGCGUUGCAGCGUCACCUGGAGUCGGCGCACGGGGACCUCCAGGAGGACGAGCUGGCCCAGUACAAGCAGAGCCUUCUUCAUGCCCAUCCGCUUCUUCAGGCUCUCACCGAAGAGGCUCUUAGAAGGCAGAGUGGUUUCCUGGGGGAACAGACUGCGGAGGAGGAGGCCCGGGCGGACGAGGAGGAGAGCGACGCCAGCGACUCGUCGCCCCUGCACAAGGAGCAGCGCCUGCUCGAGGACUACCUCAACAGUCAGCCUGUCGCCGAGGACUCUUAUCACGAUCCUGGGAGGAAGUUCAAAUGCCACCGGUGUAAAGUCGCGUUCACGCGACAGAGCUACCUAACCGGCCACAACAAGACCCUGUUGCACCGCAAGGGCGAGAAGAUGACCUACCCCAUGGAGAAGUACCUGGACCCGAACCGGCCCUACAAAUGUGACGUGUGCAAAGAGAGCUUCACCCAGAAGAACAUCCUCCUGGUGCACUACAACAGCGUGAGCCAUUUACACAAGCUGAAGCGUGCCAUGCAAGAGCAGGGCAACAACAACACGCUGAUCUCGGUGGUGCCACCCGCGAGCCCGACCGAGUCGCCAGAUUCCCAGCAGGACCAGGACAAGAAACCAUACAAGUGCAACAUCUGCAAGGUCGCCUACUCCCAGGGGAGCACUCUGGACAUCCACAUGAGGAGCGUGCUGCACCAGACUAGGUCCAGCAAGCUGCCCGACCUGGCGGCAAGUGGCCAGCUGGAUCUGGGGAGACCUCUCAUAGAACAGCCUCCACCCUCCAGUCCCAGCAGCCCACCCUGCUCCGGGAACUCGGGUACCGGCUCCGGGAACAUGCUCUCCUGCUCGCGGUGCAGCGCGCUCUUCGUCAACCAGGAGCAGCUGGCGACGCACCAACAGCUCUACUGCAUCUUCAGCAACCCGCUGGCGCUGUUCCAGCAGCUUGCCGCGUCCCAGCAGAUGGCCGCGACGGCGCCCAGCACGAAGAGCCCACCACCGGUGUCCACGACCCCCGGGCCCCAGACGCAGCAAGACAUCCUCUCGCAGCCCCGACACAAGACCUCGCAAAUGUACAAGCACCUGCUCGAGAGCUUCGGCUUCGACCUGGUGAUGCAGUUCAACGAGAACCACCAAAGAAGGCAGCGGAAGGAAGAGGAGGCGGCCGCAGCCUACCAGGCCCAGCAAGAGGCCCAGAAGCAGGAGCUGCAGAAGCAAGCCCUGGCGGCGCAGGCCGCCCAGGAGCGCGAGGACGAGGCCGAGGAACACGCCGACGAGGACGGGAUUCCCGAAUUGACCAGGAGCACCUGUCAGCACUGUAAUAAAGAAUUUAGUAGCGUUUGGGUCUUGAAGGCCCAUUGCGAGGAAGUGCAUCGGGAUCUCGUCCCGAGGGAGUUCCUGGAGAAAUACGCCCAACAGUUUAAAUGCGAAUACGAGAAGAAGAGCGUUGUUGUUACAGCUGCGACCUCGUCCUCAACGACCACGGGACCGAGGAGCUCGACACCCGCCGGCUCGGCCCAGCCGCAGGACCUUAGCCCCGAUAAGGAGCCGCGAGACAAGGAAAAGGAGGAGAACGGGGAGACUGGCAAGGAAAGGACCAGGACCCCGGAAGCCACCUCCACCACGCCGACCACGACACCGGCCCUCAGCAACACGCCCGUCUCCAGCACCGAGUCUACCACGCCCACUGCCCCCGCGGCCAAUCCGCAACACCACGUCUCGCAGCAGCAGCAACAGCACCAGCAACACCAACACCAGCAGCACGCACAGAUGACCCUCGCCCAGCAGAUGUCGGAGAUGCAGGCCGCCCUUAACGCCAUGGCCGCCUCGCAGCUGCAGCAGCAACUCCAGCAGUACCCUGGACUUAUGAUGGGUAUGAUGGGUUUGCCGCUGGGACUGAACGUUCCUGCUCUGGCCGCGAUGAACCUGCAGCCACCACUCGUUCCUAUGAUGCUCCCACCGCCACCCUACGACGGAGCUGCCGCGGCAUAUCCUCCCAUCAACGCCCAGGCGGACCUCCUAGCCAAGCAACACCUUGCCCUCCAGCAACAACAGGCGGCUGCGGCGAACGCCGCGGCGUCCCAGAAGCGAGCAAGGACCCGGAUAACGGACGAGCAGCUGAAGAUCCUUCGGGCCCACUUCGACAUCAACAACUCCCCGGGCGAGGAGCAGAUCCAGGACAUGGCAGCACAAAGUGGCCUACCGCCAAAGGUCAUCAAGCACUGGUUCCGGAACACCCUGUUCAAGGAGCGGCAGCGCAACAAGGACAGCCCCUACAACUUCAACAAUCCACCGAGCACGACGCUUAACCUGGAGGAGUACGAAAAAACGGGCGAGGCAAAGGUGACUCCCCUAAAUUCGAGCGUCUCUGGUGGGAGCUCUUCGGAUGAUAAGAGCCCCAACAAGCAGGCGUCGCCGCCGCCGUCGAUUGGGAGCGUCACCACGACCCAGCCCACCGAGGUCAAGCAAGAAAUCCCGGAACCGCCACUAGGUCACCAGCCCCAGCAGCAAACGCAACUCCAACAGCAUCAGCAGCACCAGGAAGAAGCCCAGCACCACUCGCCAGGAAGCUCUGGAGGUCAACAGUCCAGGCCGCACUCUCCAGCUCUUAGCAUGAGUUCGGUAUUUUCUGGCCUCCACCACGAGGUCUCUGCACACGGGCCCACCACCACCAGCGCUCCGUCAACCCCGAUGCUGCCCCCGAAGAUGGCUCCGCAGAAUUUCGCUAGCCCCACUCCGGGACCAGGAGGAGUGGUCCCGGCAGCCAUCUCAGCCAUGGCCCUGACCCCUCAAAGGUCUCUCAGCCCAGGUAGGGGACCUGCGGACUAUUCCUUCGGUGCCAACAGCAACGGCAGCAACUCCUCUGGCGGCAGCUCGGGUAAGCGGGCGAACCGCACCAGGUUCACCGACUACCAGAUCAAGGUGCUGCAGGAGUUCUUCGAGAACAACGCCUAUCCGAAGGACGACGACCUGGAGUACCUGAGCAAGCUGCUGGGCCUGAGUCCCAGGGUGAUCGUGGUGUGGUUUCAAAACGCUAGGCAGAAGGCCAGGAAGGUCUACGAGAACCAACCAGCAGCGGAGCCGGUGACACCCGGGGGACGCGAGGGGGACGACGGCUCUGGGCGGUUCCAGAGGACCCCGGGACUGAACUACCAAUGCAAAAAGUGCCUGCUGGUGUUCCAGAGGUAUUACGAGCUGAUUCGCCAUCAGAAAACCCAUUGCUUUAAGGAGGAGGAUGCCAAGAGGAGCGCCCAAGCCCAGGCGGCCGCGGCCCAGGUUGCUGCGGUGCUCAGCUCGGAAGACAGCAACAGCAGCUCCACGACCACGACGAACGUGGUCCCGAACAACCCGCCCAAUGCUCCAGCUCUCGCCGAGCAACUACAGCAGCCCCUGAACACCGCGACGCCGCCCCACCAUCAGCAAUUAGCCCAGCAGUCUCACCAGGCACAGCAGCCUCAGCAACAAGGCCCCACCGAGGCAAAGGAGGGUAGCUUCCAGUGCGACAAGUGCAACUUGAUGUUCGGCAGGUUCGAGCUCUGGCGCGAACACCAGCUGGUACAUAUCAUGAACCCAUCCCUGUUCCCGCCCGCGUACCCGCCGGAUUCGCCCUUCGGGAUCCUCCAGCAACAGGCUCUGAACGCAACCAGCGGCGUCGCUGCCGAUGCCGCCCAUCCCCUAAUCGCCAUGAUGCAGGACCGGAAGAGGAAGUACGAGGACUUCGAGGAGGGCACCGGCAGCGAAGGCAGGCCCAACUCGGAGCACUCCGAGCAGCCCAAGGAUAAGCGUCUGCGGACUACCAUCCUACCGGAGCAGUUGGACUACCUCUACCAGAAGUACCAGAUAGAGUCGAACCCCUCGCGGAAGAUGCUGGAGACGAUCGCGCGCGAGGUGGGCCUGAAGAAGAGGGUCGUCCAGGUAUGGUUCCAGAACACCAGGGCGCGCGAGAGGAAGGGCCAGUUCCGAGCGCACAGCCAAGUGAUCAACAAAAGGUGCCCCUUCUGCCCGGCGCUCUUCAAGGUUAAGUCCGCCCUGGAGUCGCACCUGAGCAGCAAGCACGCCGACCAGGUGGCCCGUGGCGAGGUCAACAUCGACAACAUCCCCGACGAGGAGCUCUCGAUGGAGUCGGCGCCCUCAAACCCCAGCACGCCGAACAUGAUGCCGCCCCUCUUUCCGCCCUUCAACACCGAGAUGGAGGCCUCGCUGAAGAAGUACUACGAGGAGUCGAUGAAGCGCUACAUCAGCGAGCUCCAGGCGCACACCAGCAACGGGAAGCAGGAGGCCGCGGGCCAGGCGGCAGGUGCCAACGCGGGAGAGUCGCCCCUCGACCUCAGCAAACCGGUCGACCUUAGUCGUCCCGUGAAGCUGACCCUGGGCGGCAUCCUCGAAGAACAGCACGCCGGGCCUGGGACCGGACACCCGCGGGUCGGCAGCGACUGCGGCCCGCUGACGGACCUCUCGGAACGCAGCGUCUGCGACGACGACAGCAUGAGCGAGACCACCGAGUUCCUGGACGACGAGAGCGGGCCGGCCAGCCCCGCCUCCAGCACGCAGAGCUCCCGCCAGGGCCCGGCGGGCAGUGGGCCCGCGGGGCCCGUAGGACCCAGCGCGGCCGCGGCCGCAGCCGCAGCCGCAGCUGCCGCCGCAGCAGCAGCCGCGGCCGCCAGCACCGGCCAGACCGGCGGCAAGCGGUACCGAACCCAAAUGUCCGCGACCCAGGUCAAGGUGAUGAAGUCCCUGUUCUCCGACUACAAGACCCCGACGAUGGCCGAGUGCGAAAUGCUCGGCCGAGAGAUCGGCCUUCCGAAGCGCGUCGUGCAGGUCUGGUUCCAGAACGCGCGAGCCAAGGAAAAGAAGGCACGGCUGGCGGCCGGCCUGCCGGCGGAGGGAUCCGCCGUCCAGCCCCAUCGGGGCCCGACGGGCCCCGACGAAUGCCGGCUCUGCUCCGUGCGCUACUCCCCCAAGUCCCCCCUCCAGGAGCACGUCUUCUCGCGGCGACACAUCGAGUCCGUCCGUAUCGCCGUCGAGGAGGGCAGCCUGGUGCCCCCGACCCCGGGCGCGCCCAUCAUCCCCCCGGGGACCGCGGUGGCCGGGCCCCCGCCACAGCAGGCCCCCCAGCAGCAGGCCCCCCAGGCCGGCCAGCAGGACGAAAACAUGAUGUACGGAUCCUUGUUCCUCCAUCCCACGGCGAUGUUCCACUCCCAGCAGCAACAGCCCCAGCAGCAGCAGCACGCCCCAGCGGCAGGCCCCGCGGCCGCCACCACCACGGCCGUAGCGGCUGCGGGCCUGAGCGGGCCCAGGAGCGCGGGCGCGACGAUGUCGCUGCAGGUGGAGGGCGGCUCGCAGGUGCAGGUUCCGCGCGCCCUGAUGCAGGCGUUCCUGCAGCAGGACCCAAACCACCCUGGGCUGGAGACGGUGCGCCUCCCGGGGCCCGAUGAGGGCCUUACGCUCCCGGCCCACUGCCGCGAGCUGGAGUCCGAGCUGUGCCUGGUGUGCCGCAGGUGCGGCCGCGCCUAUCCGCAGGAGGCGAGCCUGCUGGGGCACCAGCGAAGCUGCUACCUGGGGAACCAGCAGCGCAGGGGAGCCCUGAGACUGGUGCAGGUGCGCUUCGCCUGCGCGCUCUGCGACGAACGAAGCUUCGCCUCGGUGGCCGAGUGGCGGCGCCACUGCGAGGGGGCGCAGCACAAGGCCCGACAGGAGGCCCACCGACCAGGGCCCGACCCGGGGCCCCACCAGGCCCAGGCCGUGCCCGAAGAGGCCAAUCCCCUGACCGACGAGAUGGAGGACGUCGUCAACCAGAUCACCCUGCUGGCAGCCAGGGCGGCGGCCGAAAGUACCACACAGGCAGUGGGCCUCGGUCAAUCGGUGGGCCUUACUCAGGCCCAGCACGGCCCGGGCCAGGAAAGCAACGGGCCCGAUUCCAGACGGCAGAAGCUGGUGCAGGAGGUCGCAGCCCUCGCGGGGGCGCGCUAAUCCCAGAAUCGGGACCCCAGUCGGGAUGAGGCCCCGGAGAGGGGCCCGCUGGGCCUUAAGAGGGGGGCCGAGCUCGGAGGGUGGCAGGUGGGGGCCCUCGAGGCUUCUGGGGCCCGGGCCCACUUUUAACCUCUAUCACACCCUACUCAUCCUACCGCUAUUGCCAUUGUCUGUUAUUUUUGUAACGAUGUACCGAGCGACGCGUUGAACGCACCCAAAAGUUCCUGAUAUAUCGAUGGUAAACCACGGAUUCCUAUGAUCGGACUAACGAAGAGAAAGAGGGA